AUGUCAAACCCAACUACCCAGAAGGCUGAUGCCACAGAGCAGGCCCCGCCUCAAGCGAAGCCCCAAGUCCUGGAGGAAGACGACGAGUUCGAGGAUUUCCCCGUUGAAGACUGGCCCCAAGAAGAAGCCGAGCAGACCACUGGCUCGACAGCAAAUGGCGGUAGCGAGCACUUGUGGGAAGAGAGCUGGGAUGACGAUGAUGCGGCAGAGGACUUCUCAAAGCAGCUCCAGUGA